CCACGAUGUUCACACACAUGAUCUGAGAGGACAGAGAGGACAGAGAGGACAGAGACACGGGCGGACCGGGUCUGAGGAGCCACUGGAUUUAUCAGCUCCUGGAUUAAUGAGCGCGCUUCGCUUUGGGAUUUAACUCGAAAAGGAUCCGGAGUUUGAACAAAACGGAUGUCAGUGUGGUGGGUAGAGAUGGGAGAGGGUUUGGGGCCUCUCUCCCCUGUAGGAUGGUAGCCGACAGCACAUUGGACGACCAUGACAAGACCCACUUGUCAAGCUCCUCUUCUGCAUCCUCAUCCUCGUCCUCGUCCUCGUCUUCAUCCCGUCGCACCGAGUCGGAGCAGCUCCAGCGCCGGGCUCAUCCGAACCCGUCCCAGAGAUCUGCCCCCGUGCCCCUGACCCACUUCCGGACGUUCACCAGCAAGGAGGACUGUAAGAUCAUCACGGACACGGCGGCUCAGCUGGAACGCUCCGGCUUCUACUGGGGUCCUCUGGGAGUGGAGGAGGCCCACCGCAAACUACAGGACGCGCCCCUGGGAAGCUUCCUGAUCCGGGACAGCAGCCAGAAGGACGUCUUCUUCACGCUGUCCUUCCACGCCAAGAACGGGCCGGUCAGCGUCCGCAUCGAGUACAAGCGCCAGCGCUUCUCCCUGUCCUGCAGCGAGCGCUCCUUCCCCAGCGUCUUCGCCCUCCUGGAGCAUUACAUCCACUCCCCGAAGAAGAGCCUGAGCGCCCCCUACAGGCGAUGGAAGCCCACGCUGCAGGAGCUGUGCAGGAAGCGGAUCCUGGAGCUGUGCGGUGGAGAGGGUCGGGUCCCGGAGCUGCCGCUGACCCACGUGGUGCAGGACUUCCUGCUGGAGUUCCCUUACAAACUGUGAGCGGCGCACCCGUCCGUCACGCUCAGGAGGCGGAGGCGGAGGCUGCGUCACCAUGGCGACGGACUAACCCCUCUCAGCUGGAGGGCUGUGGGACGUCUCCAAGGAGGAGGAGGAGUUGUUGUUGUUGUUGUCGUUGUCGGACGUUGUGCAUUUCAACACACGUUACCUCGAGGACUCGGCGCUGCACACGGACCCGCUGGGACCCGUCUGGAGGCCCUGCAUUAACACAGAGACAUGGCAGAGACAUGAGGGACAGGACGGGGUCCAGCAGGGCCCCAGGAGGACACACAUCCAGCAGCUGUGUGGACGUGUGGUGGAGGAGGGUCCGCUUGAAGCAGAAGCAGAAGCAGAAGAAGAAGCAGCUUUUUUUUCUCGUAGCACAUUUAAAACUCUAACGUUGAAUGUUUACAUCCCUCAUGAAUGUUAUCGACGUCUCCUUGUACUGUACCAGAGGUUCCUCAUCUCUGAAUCAACUGUCUGCCGCGCAGAAACCAUACGACUGGGUUUUUACCAAAUCACUCUUUCUAACUUCUAAUUUUAUUUUUGUGUCUAUGAUAUUUGCAAAUAAAAAGUAUUUAAAGUUGA